UCCGAAGCGUGGGAAUCGUCUUCGGAGAGGGACAGUGAAUUGUGGACAUGCGUCUCUGACUGCAUCGUCUGAUCGGGGGGGUUUGCUGCUGCUGGCAUUAGGUAUAUUUCUUGUGGCGCUCGUGUAAGUCUGCACGAAAUCUCCAAAGGCAGCCCCACCUGCACGCGCGAGGUGCGCGCCCGGAGCUCGUAUCGUCCUGUUGCGAGGCACCAGCAUCCCCGCGCUACACGUCUCUUUCUCAUCGCAUUCUCUGCGUUCUGCGUGAAGACAAACAAAGAGCGAGACAGGGGGAGAAAGACCGACCCAGUCAGCAGUAGUGAUCUUGCCGAGUCUUCGUCUUGAAGCUCCCCUUUCUGCUGACGGCACCGCCUGCUGGAGACUUUGUGGAAUGAGCAUAUGCGGCAGGAAAGCCCUGACGUUGCUGAGCAGCGUGUUCGCGGUGUGCGGCCUGGGGCUCCUGGGCAUCGCCGUCAGCACCGACUACUGGCUCUACCUGGAGGAGGGCGUCAUCCUGCCCCUCAACCAGAGCACCGAGAUCAAGAUGUCCCUGCACUCGGGUCUGUGGAGGGUCUGCUUCCUGGCGGAGACUCCAGCAGCUGACCGAGUGUUGCCUUCCGUUAAACCAGGGGAGGAGACCGGCCGCUGCUUCACCAUCGAGUACGUCAUGCCCAUGAACGUGCAGAUGACCUCCGAGUCGACAGUCAGCGUGCUGAAGAUGAUCCGCUCAGCCACACCCUUUCCCCUGGUCAGUCUCUUCUUCAUGUUUAUUGGCUUUGUGCUCAACAACAUCGGACACAUCCGCCCCCACCGCACCAUCCUGGCUUUUGUGUCAGGAAUCUUCUUCAUCCUCUCAGGUCUGUCCCUGGUCGUGGGCCUGGUGCUAUAUAUAUCCAGCAUCAAUGAUGAGGUGUUGAACAGAACCAAGAACAACGAGGCUUACUUCAGCUAUAAGUACGGCUGGUCUUUCGCCUUUGCUGCCAUCUCCUUCCUGCUCACGGAGACGGCAGGCGUGAUGUCCGUCUACCUGUUCAUGAAGAGGUACACGGCAGAGGAGAUGUACCGGCCGCACCCGGGCUUCUACCGGCCUCGCCUCAGCAACUGCUCCGACUACUCGGGCCAGUUCCUGCACCCGGACGCCUGGGUGCGCGGCCGCAGCCCCUCCGACAUCUCCAGCGAGGCCUCCCUGCAGAUGAACUCCAACUACCCCGCGCUGCUCAAGUGUCCCGACUACGACCAGAUGUCCUCGUCCCCUUGCUGAGUCCCGGGGCCCGGGCUGAGGGGUGCGCGCUGGCCCCCCGGGGAGGGAGAGUCAGAGAGGGUCUCCAGCAGACCGUAAGCUUAUAAACCAGGAAGGCCCAGCUGUAGGCAAAAGGGAGAGGAGUAACUGUGUGGCUGUGUCCUUUUUAGUUCCGUUGUAGUGUUGUAUACUGAGUUUUACACUUUGGGAGAUGGUGAUACAACAUUCCUGCUCCUCUCCAGGUUAUAACUUUAGCAUUUUGUGCAUUAGCAGUCUACAGAGAAAGGACCCUGUCCAAACACCUCUAUGAACAGCCUGUUUAGUUUUCUUCUUGUUUUUGAUUUUUUUUUUUUUCCUUAUCUGA